CCCAAUAAAGUUUUGACCCGGAUGGCUCUCCAUAGUUAGGAGGAUAUAACUGCCCCGCUUAUCCCCUCGCCCGCAGGUCUCUUCCGAUAUAAAACCUUUAUGCCAACUGCUCCUCACCACAGAAACGUUGCUCAACGAAACCGUCCAAAAUGGUGCACGAGGUCGUCUCAGAAAAGUCGCCAGAAGAGUCGCCAGAAGAGUUGCCAGAAGAGUCGCCAGAAGAUCGAUCACCAGUAGUUCCCCUUGAACUUCUAUCAUCAAUCUUGAAGUUCGCUUCAUUUAAAACCCUCAUUACGUUGAGAGCAGCGUCGGUGACCUUUAGAAAUGAGGCGAAUCGAUUACUUGAUUCCAAGUUCGGCUGGACAUCCUCGAUGCGCGUCGGACCCGUUAUCCAGUACGUCGCUUCAACCGGGGAGUUGAGAAAGUACGCCGGGUGUGCAAGGGCCUUGGUUGCGCUUUACAAAAAAAGCACGGUCUCUGUACGACGGGAGAAAGAUGCUCCUAGAGAAUAUCACUUUGACGGGAGAUGCGCUGAACUUACUGGAAAGCGUCCGUAUCCGACAGUUGUACGCACCCUGAUUGAGGCACUCGGAGAAGACAGAGAGAGAUGCCAAAAACAAGAAUGUGCCGAGCGUCAAGCUAAGAUAUGGAAAGAGAUAACACCCGAUUGCUUCAAUUGCCCCGAGAGCGUCAUCGCCAGGAGUAUUGACUUUCCAGCCUUCAAGAGCAUCUUCACAUUGAAUACUCACCACUCAUUUGCAGUGUUUACUUAUUAUGGCAAACCACGUGGAUACUGUUUGGAAUGCGAGAGGCCUCCCGGCAGCUGCGAUAUCAUGUGCGUUGGGAAGUUAGUGAUGAAUGGGAAGAAGCAAAAAUGCGGGGCCUUCCUUAAAGAAGAAAUGUGUCAAUACAAGACCAAGGGGUGGCGGUGUACUAGGUGCUGGCGAUUAUAUGCUAAAGAAGAAUCUACCACAUGUGGGUUCGGUCUGCCGAUGAUCUUGUGCGACAUUUGGUGUCCCCUAAAGCAUCCUACAAAAACCGGAGUUCGACGAUGUCGGCGAGACCCUGACGACCCGAGCGAGGAUGAGUCUAGUGAGGAUGAGGAUAGUGAGGAUGAACUUAGUGGCGCAAAAGAUUCGCUCGCUGUCGGUUGCAAGAGCGACCUCGGCGUCGCUUGAUUCAAGUUCGCUGUAAAUAUGAAAAUAUCCUUCAAUUGGAUUUUUGCAUUCAGAGUAGACCUUCCCUCGUGUUCCAACCCGCAAAUGAGUCAAG